AUGAUUGACCCGGCAUAUCGAUUCUUCGCCGACAGUGGUGGUGGUACUAAUCAUGUUAACGAUGAAGUUAUUAUUAUGGACUUUGACCAACGCCGCCAUUAUUCCAUUCGUGGUCCAUCAAGUUUCUUGAGGCUGGCCGACGAAGCGUGCGAAGGGUCUGAUGCAAUCGAAGUCCUGAAGCGAUAUAUGAAUGAACUCGACCCUGCUGUUCAAACCCUCAAUGUCGAUGCCACAGGCACUCUGGUCUCGACGUCGUCAGACCCUGAACAAGAUUGUCAACAAGCAAUCUUCUAUCCAAGUCUUCUCGAUGCGCCGAGUCUUCAGGACUGUCGUAUGGUUGCGAUGGCCGAAUUGACUGAACUCGAUCGACUCAUGCCUGGUGUAGACCUCGUUAGUUAUGAAGACGACGACGGCACAACCAAGAAAGUAGUGUUCAAGAACACGCCAAUCAUGCAGUUACGAGAGCGCAGGUGGAGAGAAAUAGUCAUGCUUCAUGGCUUGCCUGCACACCCCAACAUCGUUCCUUUUGAUCGCAUCGUGGUUGACGACACAACUUCACAGCACAUUCUCGGCUUUACAGUUCCGUACCUUCCUGCGCCCUCACUCGACAAAGACCACGCCCAAGUUUUUCGGCUGGACUGGCUUCGUCAGUUGACCUCUCUUAUUGAUUGCCUCAACUUGGAGCUCCGCAUUGCCAACCAAGACAUAGCGCCUAGAAAUCUCAUCUGCUUCGAGCAAGCACCAGCCGGUAGUCAGCUCAAAAUGAUUGGUUUCGAGUACGCGACUGCCAUGGGACUGCCUUGGCACGUGGAGGAGUUCAACGACGUCAAAGGUGUCAUCUUCACGCUGUACGAGAUCAUCACACUGGACAAUUCCUAUCGAAAGGUCCAUCCCUCGGAGCAAGACCCAGACGUGGUCAUGAAUCUCGAGCAUUGGCCUUGUCGACGUAAACUAGACGCAGAGGUUGAGACCUUCCGUCUGCACUUGAAGGAAUGGGUUGAGAGUCGUCAAACCGUGACUCUGUGUCCAACGACUCCGCCACCGUUUCCCGAAAUGCCUAAACCAAGGCCUGUCUCAUAUUUGGACUUUGCUACUGGGCAACCUGCUCAAAUAAGCAUCCCACAGCUGCCGCAAGCAGUCGCUAAGGAAUAUGGCAACUAUGUCAUUUCGUGGCAGCGUCCACCUAGUAGUACGAGACCAAGUGCUUCGUAG